AUGCUUCCCAGCAAGAUGCGACGUCUAUCUGGCCUUUUCUCUGGCCCGAAAACUUCCCUCCAGGUCCUUUCAGAUCUCCAUCUAGACAACGACUCGCAAUACCUAACGUUUCACAUACCCGUCGCUGCACCUUUCCUUGUUCUCGCUGGAAACAUCGGCAAGCUCAUAGACUACGAACAAUAUCUAUCCUUCUUGGUUCGGCGGUGUAAUCUUCACGAGAAGGUUUUCUUGGUUUUGGGCCCCUUAGAGUUCCACGGCCUGAGCUGGAUGGAUGGCUUGCAGCUGGCGCAUAAGUUGGAGAAAGAGCCAACAACAAGAGGAAGGCUCGAGGUACUAUAUGAGACGAGGAGCGAUGUUCCGGGCACAAACAUCACGGUCCUUGGUUGCACACUAUGGAGUAGAAUUCCAGCAUCAGACACAGCUGCUGUGCUAAGAAAGAUGCCCGAGUUUGACGAGAAGGAAGGCAUACAACUUUGGGACGUGGCAAAGCACAACUCAGAACAUAAAAGAGACUUAAGGUGGCUUACCGAUGAAGUCAAGAACCUCAACACGUCACCAAACGGCGCUUUGGCACCCGCAGCCUCUAGUAAUUCUAAAGAUGAGCGACAGCUCAUUGUCGUCACAGCGUUCGCGCCGGAGCUACGUGAGAGUCUGGAUCCUUGGCAAGUCGACGCGCCUUGGGCUUCAGCAUAUGGAACAAAUCUGCUCGACGGCCCCCACUUUGGCAACGUCAAGAUGUGGAUCACCGGUAUGACAGGUCGAACAUGCGAUUUCAAGCGAGGCGACACGACCAUCAAUGCGAGGUACGACAUGAGAUUGCGAGCCCCGCAUACGCUUACCAAUCUUUUUCCACGCCCUGUGACACAACAUCCACUCACAUACGCAUUCAGCGCCUGGGAGCGCUUCGACCUGCUGUUCUGUCCUACCUGUUCAAGCCCAAUGUUCUGCGCUUUCAAAGAUCCAGCGAAGAACUUGGGGGUAGUGACUGGAACGCUAGGCAAUGUGGAUGUUGGAGAUCGCCAGCUGAUCAAAUUUGGUGGAAUGGGCUAUGUGCUCGAUACGCAGGAUGGGGGUGCCAGUCCAUGGAUCUGUGCUCUUAAUGGCGAUGGUGUAGACUUAAAAAGUUACGAAGAGACAACACCCGGCCGUGGUUCAGAAGCAAAGGAACUACCUGCAAACUGGCCUCGGUCUUCAACUGUCCCAGAACUCAAAGCGAAAGAGGAGGACAGUGUGCCGAUACGCUGCAAGUGUUGCGGUGUGGAUCUACUCCUCCGUCGGGGCGAGUAUAAAAAAAUGAGCGAAGAAAAUCUGCCCUCGUGCGUUGAGCCUGCCAGCAGAAAGCUUAAAGCCAGCUUCUGUGCUUGUAACAGCUGCCGGUUACAAAGCGGGAGCGACAUCUUUUACUGGACCUUUACAGAGACGAAAAAUCUGUCUUUUGGAAAAGAUGAUAGCAAGGCCUUUCCGCAAGAUAUUUUCGAUCUCAAACAUCUCAUAGAUACCAAAGACCCUGCUAUCGGUCAGCUCUUCCGCGUGGUCAAACCCCUGACCACAAUGGCUUCUUCAGGAGUUUACCUCUGUCUACCCCGCGCGCUUCCCCCUCCAUUCGAGCCGUCGAAGGAAAUCGACUUUGACCUUCAAGAUCGGAUGGCCGAUGUCCACAACGCCUUUCGAACAGUGCGUGGAAAUACGCGUCUUCGUCAACAACUGUCGCUUCUCUCGUACAAGAACUUUAGCGAUGUCCUUUAUGAGAACAUGCAGCAUAACGGCACGUCUUUGCUCCAGGAUAAGCAUUUGAAGAUGUUACCACAGCUGGUGGUGGUCAAGAUGAGCAGAGACACAGAUCUUCUUCUUUACUGCCUCAACAGCAACGUCAUUUGUUUGUCUCCGGCGAAGGUCCUAAAAGACAUGCCUGUGACUAUGGGUGGAAGGGGUCAUGCGGGUAUGAAGACGCCGCGGAUCAUGGUAUUGCAGUUUGUUAGGAGGAAAUUGGAGUUCAUGAAUGCAAUUGGACAGUCUGUAGCAGAGGAGUCGAUAGACGAUGGAGCCAAGUUCUUUGGCAAGACUGUUGCGAGUGUAGCAGACGGCGAGAUGAGCAGUGCAGAGCCACGAGUGCCGGUACCUACCUCACUGCUUGAUGGUAGCGAUGAAGAGAUGAGUUAG